UUUCCAUUUGCCUCUUCAACCGUCAUCAUGUCGUCGGUCCUCCUCCGCGCCCGGCGCCUCGCACCUCUCCUCGCCAUCGCGUCUGCGACUUCGGCCGCUGUCGCCUGGAACCAGCAGGCGCCAGUGCCCAUCGCCAAGGACGCGGCCAAGCGCCACAUCGUCGUGCUCGGCUCGGGCUGGGGUGCUGUCGCCUUCUUGCGCAAGCUCAAGCCCGACGACAGCACGCGCGUGACGGUCGUCUCGCCGCGCGGCGUCUUUCUCUACACGCCACUGCUUCCCGCCGCCUCCACAGGCACAGUCGAGGCGCGGUCGAUCGUGGAACCGAUCCAGACGUUCUUGCCCAAGCACGCGCGGUUCGUCGAGGCGGCUGCGACCGCGAUUGAUCCUACGACAAACCGUGUCACGUGCGUCUCGGAGCUGGACCCGGACACGCCGUUUACGCUCGAGUAUGACCAGCUCGUCGUUGCAGUCGGGUCGGUUGCCAACACGUUUGGCACGCCCGGCGUCACCGAGCACGCGCACUUUCUCAAAACGUACGACGACGUUGUGGGUCUGCGGAAGCUUGUGCACGCGCGCUGGGAGCAAGCGUCCUUGCCAACGACGUCGCCGGACGAGCAGCAGCGUCUCUUGUCCUUUACGAUCUGCGGCGGCGGGCCCACCGGCGUCGAGCUUGCGGCCGAGCUCCACGACCUCUUCCAACGAGACCUCAAGAAGCACUACCCGCACCUCGCGUCAUUGGCCACCGUCCGCGUCAUCGACUGUGCGAGCCAGAUCCUCUCGAUGUUUGAUCGCAAGAUCGCGUCAUAUGCGACGUCGGCCUUUGCCAAGCACGGUAUCGAGACGCUGCUCAAGUGCCGCGUCACCCGAGUUUACGCCGACAGCGUCGACGUUCUCGACACCACCACCGGCAAGACGUCGCGGCUGCCAUGUGGUACGACAAUGUGGUGCUCGGGUAUUGGGCUGCACCCGCUUGCGGCGUCGAUCGCGUCGCUCUUCCCCGAGCAGCAGACCAACAAGCGCGCGGUCGUCGUCGACCCGUACUUCCGCGUUCUCGGCAGCUCGAACCUCUUCUGCUUCGGUGACGCGGCCGCCGUCACAUACGAAAAGUCGGUCGCGCACGCCAAGGAGCUCUUUGACCAAUUCGACUCGACGCACGAAGGCAGCCUCUCGUUUGAGGACUUGGCCGCGCUCUUCGAGCAUGCCUCCAGAACGUACCCGCAGUUCCGCGAGCACGUGCAUUUGAUCCAAGAGAGCCGAGGGACCUCGAAGUUCUCACGCCCGUUUGUCAACGGUGCGCUCCACGCGAUCUUUGAAGCGGCCGACGCCGACCACAACAACCGCCUCGACAAGGACGAAUUUGUGGCGCUUUUGGCGGCCAUGGACGCACAUCUGCGGUCGCUGCCCGCCACCGCUCAAGUUGCACAGCAGCAAGGCGAGUACCUUGCGCAGCUCUUCAACAAGAAGCUCGAGCAAAACCCGACGAGCGCGGCGCCCUUUGAGUGGGCGAACCUCGGGUCGAUGGCGUUCAUUGGCGAGAACGAAGCUGUUGCGUCAAUGCCCGGCGCCGGCGUCGUCCAAGGCUUUGCCAUGGGCUUGCUCUGGCGAGGUUUCGAAACGAUGAAGCAGCAGAGCUACCGCAGUCUCAUGGCCGUCGCCUCGGACCAGAUUCGCACGUCGAUCUUUGGGCGCGGGCUGUAAAUAUUUGUACAGAAUAAAGUUUGCAUGUCGCAUCGCUU